AUGAUCUUAGAUCAGAAACUCAAGAUUUUCCUAAUAAAAUUAGAUAAUAUCAGAAUUAUGUUAAUGAUAUAGUUGAUAAAAGAGUUUUAACAAAUGUUUUUAAUAAUUUCAAUUCUAAUUUUCAAAGUAAAAGUGUAAAUAUUAGAAACUUUAACAAGUUUUUUGGAUUUAAUUAGAGCUGAAAAAAAGAAUAAAUAAGUAAAUUUAAUACAGUAUUAUAGAUCCAUAUUGGAAUAGAUAGAUUUAUAUUAGAAGGAUAAUAAUAGUUUUCUAGUUUUAGGGAUAAAUUUAUUGGGUUCUUAAAACAUGGUGAAUGA